GUAGUUAAUCGUACAGAUACUAUUACAUACAGCACAUGCGCAAAGUUUGUAUGCGACACGAAGGGUGUGUGUCGGUUAUUUCCAGAAAUACCAAGUUUCGAUAAGAAGUUUAAUACGAAAGCUUGUAACAAGAUGGGAGCGGGUCUCAGCAUAGUUCUGUAUCAUCACACCGACCUGAAGUCGGCGUUGGGCAUAGCACUUACUAAAAAGAUCAACAUGUCUACAGAUCCAAAACACGCGAGGUUUGGACCGGGUGUCUACCUGACUACAAUGAGCCCCAGAGAGUCCGUCACAAAGAUUCUUAUCAACAACUUUGACGACGAUACGUCAAAGACAGAGAUACAGAAACUUAUCCGGAAAAAAGGAAAUAAAACGGAAGUUUGCAUCCAGAUAGUGAUUUCUGGCGACCUGCCUAUGGAUAAGGUGGAGAGGUGUGAUACUAAGCGUGAUAUCUACUUGUAUAAGGGAGACUUGAGCUUCGAUGACGUGGACAGUGUCGGUUUCUACAUUCGUGACUAAUAACUUCUGCGGAAGAAGGAAAACAAACGUUUUAAGAACAUUACAGACAAAAAACAAAGUGAUAAUUUCAAAAGUAUAUAGUAUAGUAAACAUUACUCAAAUUUCAGAGGAUUUCUUUACUUUUCCGAGUUUUUAUUAGACGUUCGAUCUACGAGACUACGAGAAAGUGUAUUAGUAUAUGUUCAAGUAACUUCAAUAAAAGUGACGAAUCUUAAAUCUAUAAGAGCAAAACAGCACACACAAUAUUGUACAUGGAAAUAUAUCAAUACAAAUAAAUAUAUAAAAUAGUAA